CAUUCAAUUUUCACAAAUGGCAUAUCCUACAAAACUUGAUCAUAAGUUUAUUGAGCAAACUCUAAUUAUUCCAUCAUCAACAACAUCAAUUUCUCUUCCUCUCACAUUCCUUGAUUUACCUUUAGCAGGUCCAAUUUACGUUAAACGUCAAUUUUUCUAUCGUUUUCCUCAUACAACUGAUUAUUUUUACAAAACAACACUUCCAUCUCUCAAACACUCUCUUUCUCUUACUCUUCAAUAUUUCUCCCCCCUCGCGGGAAACCUCAUCUCUCCACCACCACCCAACAAACCGUAUAUCAUUUGCACGCAAAAGGACUCUGUCGUCUUUACUAUCAUCGAAUCUUUAGGCAAUUUCAACCAUCUUUCGGCCAAUAACCACUCCAAAAAUAUCAAGGAUUUUAAUCACCUUGUUCAAAAAUUAACACACAAAACAACCCUUGACCAUAAUGAUAUCGAAAAUAACACCUUUAUAUUUCCUUUGUUGACUUUACAAGCCUCGAUUUUCCCUAACCACGGUCUUUGCAUCGCGAUCACAUAUUGUCAUGUAAUGGAUGAUAAUUGUUGUAAUCAUUUCAUGAAAACAUGGUCUUUUAUACAUGGAAAUUGUGAAGUCGUUGACUUGAAGUCCUCACCUUGUUUUGAUAGAAAUAUUUUGAAGGAUCCAAAAGGGCUUGAGAAUGUUUUCUUAAGAGACUACUUUGAAGAAAGAAAAACAUGGAAGAAUAAACUUAUUGGUAAAACUCAAACUCAAGUUACCGAAGAAAAACACCAAGAUUAUUUUAAAGCAACUAUUGAUUUUGGAAAAGAAGAAAUUGAAAGAAUGAAAAGAUGGGCACUCAAUCAAUGGAAGGAAAAUGAUCAUGAGACUAAACCGCCGCAAUUUUUAUCUAAAUUCGUUGUCACUUGUGGAUUUAUAUGGUCUAGUUUGGUUAAAACAAGGUAUAGAAACGAUAACGAUGACGAUGAAAAGGAAGAGUAUUUUCGUUUUGCAGGUGAUUGUAGAGAUAGACUUGGAUACACAAUACCAAAAGGAUAUUUUGGAAAUUGUUUAACACUAUGUCACGCAACGGCGAAGAGAAAGGAUCUAAAAGGAGAAGAUGGUUUUGUGAAUGCGGUUAAGGUAAUCGAAAGGGCGGUAAAUGAGAUGAAAAACGAACCUUUUAAAGACGCGACGGAAUGGAGGGAGACAUUUAAGAAGAUGUAUGAGUUUGGAAGUGUGUUGUUGGUAACUGGAUCACCUAAGUUUAAUGUUUAUGAGAUUGAUUUUGGAUUUGGAAAACCUGUUAAAGUUGAGAUGAUGCAUUCGUUUAAAUGUAUGUCUAUUGCUGAAAGUGGAGAUAAAGAAGGUGGACUUGAAGUUGGAUUGGUGUUUAAAAGUGGAGAAUUUGAAUAUUUUUGUUCUGUCAUUGAACAAGGACUUGAAACUUUUAAGUUCUAAGUAUGUUGUCAUUGUCAUUUAAUUGGUUUUUGUGUAAGAUUUCCAAACAGUAUAAAUCAUAGUCUUUCAAUUAAUCUAAUGGUUGAGAGUUGAGACUUUAGAUAGAAAUAUUGACAAUCAAAUUGUGCACACACAAUGAUUUCCAAGGCAUAGUGCUACUUGAACCAUGUCAUAAACUGUAUUUAGUUCUAUCGUGUAGUUUGACGAUAAUGAAUUGGUUUCUAUGUAAUAGACACAAUAAUCUACCAAACUCAUCAAAGUAGAAACAUCAACUAUUCAUUUUAAUCAUAAGCAACCACUUAGUUUAGGUAUUUGAGAGUAUAUUGCUCUCAAAGUUUCGGGUUUGAAUUCCACUAGAUGAAACAAUUUUUGUGUUGAGUCAUAUCCAUAAAGAGAUUUGCAAUUUUAAACAGGCCCACCGCAAGUAAUAAGGAUACAUCACCCCCACGUUUUCAUAGAGGUCGGUCGAGUGAUAUAAAAAAUGAGUACCAAAUGAUGGGCGCUCCUUCCAAUAAUAACUUAGAAAAUCGUUGAUUUCAAG